AUUUGUCUAUACUAGCUCGUGAAAUAGAUAUUGGAUAUUGGAAGAGCGGGAACAGCAGCAUUGCAAACUUCCAGGUGAGGCUGUACGUAAGUUGUAAAGAGAGUAAGGGGCAUUUCUGUGUUUAUCGCACCUAAAAAACAAGAAUCGAGCGCAAAGAAAUCAAUUUGUCUAUACUAGCUCGUGAAGAAGAUAUUGAAUAUUGGAUAGCCGCGUAGCACGUUCAAAAUCUCGCGCUACUAGAUCCAAGUUUCCACUGUCACUUUGUUGUGAUCUCAUGCUUGUGUUGUCUCUGGUUGUUGUUGCACGCCUUCAUAAUUAAAAGAAAUUGUCUGGAUAUGAGUUACCGCUAUCUACCGUCAUUAAUCCGAAAUGCCCCUCGCCUAAAGACCCGAGGCAUUGAAAUUUUGCGUGACCCACGGACAAAUAAGGGUUCCUCGUAUACUCUUCAUGAACGCCAACUCCUGGGUAUUCAUGGACUGUUGCCACCAAAUCCUCAAAGUCAAGAUGUUGAGGAACAACGCGUUAUUUCAAACCUCUAUCAGCUGGAUGAUAAUCUUAGCCGUUACAUGUUGCUUAUGGCUCUACAAGAUCUUAAUGAAAAACUGUUUUAUAGAACUAUUAGAACACACUUAGAAUAUUGCUUGCCACUUAUUUAUACACCUACGGUAGGCUCAGCGUGCUUGAAUUUCGGUUUCGUCUUCCGCAGGCCUCGAGGUAUUUAUAUUACAAUUCAAGACAGGGGACAUAUUUUUUCUUUACUUAAGAACUGGCCUGCUGAUACGGUUAAGACAGUGGUCAUGACUGAUGGUGAACGUAUAUUGGGUUUCGGGGAUAUGGGGGCUAAUGGGAUGGCUAUUCCUUUAAGCAAGGCAGUUCUUUACACUGCUUUUGGAGGCUUACAACCCUAUCAUUGUCUUCCUGUAAUGUUGGAUGUUGGUACGAACAAUGAAAAGCUUCUGGAGGAUGAGUUUUAUGUUGGUCUUCGUCAGAAGCGAGCCACUGGAGAAGAGUAUAUUUCUUUCAUGGACGAAGUUGUGGAAUCAUUAUCUGCUCGUUAUGGACCAAACGUUUGCCUCCAUUUUGCCGACUUCAAGAAUUCAAAUGCCUUUCAACUUUUAGAAAGAUAUCGUCCAAAUCACAUAACAUUCAAUGACGACAUACAAGGUUCUGCUGUGGUUAUUGUAUCUGGUCUAAUAACUGCAUCUAAAGUAACAAAGAAGAAAAUAUCACAGAAUAAUUAUCUCUUUUAUGGCGGAGGAGGAGCGUCUAUUGGUAUAGCACGGUUGUUAGUACAAGCGAUUAUGGAGGAGGGUUUCUCUGAAGAUGAAGCGAAAUCACGCAUUUUUAUAAUGGAUUCUGAAGGCUUAAUUGUUACAAAUCGUAAACUUACUGCGGCAAAAUCAGAAUUUGCUCGUUCUGAUUAUCCUCAAGUAGAUUCACUUUUAGAAGCUGUUCGGCUCAUUCGACCUUCUGUCUUAAUUGGUGCUUCCGCACAAAGCGGUGCAUUCACACGUGAUAUCCUUCGUGAAUUGGCUACGAUCAAUAGGAAUCCUGUCAUAUUUGUUCUGAGCAAUCCGUCCAAUUUAGGCGAAUGCACUUCCCAGAUGGCUUACAAGGCCACAGAAUGGAGAUGUAUAUUUGUUAGCGGUUCCCCUUCAGAACCUGUUCGAACACCAGAUGAUCGCUUAUUAAAACCGAGUCAAGGAAAUAAUUGUUAUGUUUUUCCAAGUUUGGUUAAUGCAUUAUCACUGGCUGUUAUUCGUCCUCUGACUAAUAAAUUGUUAUUAACUGCAGCAAAGAAAUUAUCUGAAUUAGUUACAGACGAUGAUAUACGUCAAGGUAGUGUUUAUCCAUCGAUUGCCAGAUUGCCAACAAUUUCAAAAGAAGUCUCCUGCGCUAUAAUAGAACAAGCGUACAAGGACAAAAUUGCAUUUUACACUCCAGAACCACAUAAUAAGAUGGAAUUUAUUGAAUCCCACUACUAUGAUCAUAGAUACAUAAAUUUUACACCUGAUCAAUAUGUUUGGUAGCCAUUUCGGCUCUUCUUUGUUCUCCGAUCCCUCUAUCUUUUUUACUGAAACUCAACUGAUUAUUUGGAUUUUAUUUUAAAACUAGCAUGUAUUGUUAUUGUGUGGUUAUUUCUUGGUAUCUUCGGAUUUAAAAAGUAUACUUCCAUAUUGACAUUUCUUCUUACCUUUCGAUAUUUGGACAGAGGGAGGUGGGCAUUUAGUCAUCAUAGAUUCCCUAAAAAUGUAAUUGGGGGAAGUUUCUAAAAGAGUCGACAAU